AUGAACCAAAGAGACCAUAGCCCAGAGGACAAACCUGAAUCCUUCCACCACACCCAGAGACCCCCUCCUACGCAACCCAGAACAGCUCCUCUCAGCCUCCUGCCAGAACAUCCAUACCGGUCUCCUUCCCAAAUACAGCUGGCCACUGCUCUAGCAGAGUCCCCACAAAUCACACUAUCCAGUUCAGGCCCUUCUGCAGUGAACCCCAAGUCUUGCCUGGGCUUGUAUCCUCAGCUACCUCUGCCUGAGCAGGGGAGAGUGGGAGGCAGGCUUGGAGUCUCCUUCUGCUUCUCACGUAGGGGGCCCAGGCUUGAGCCCUCUGCCUCCGUCUUCUCAGACCUAGAAGAGGAGGAGAGAGAGAAGAGGGAACAAAUGAAGGAAAGGAUAAAGGGAAUAAUGGAAGACAUUGACAGGGAAAUUGGGGAAGAAGAUGAGAGGAAAUACAGUGAGAGUGAAAAGCUCAAGUCCAGCUCUGACAACGGUGGGCCAAGCGACAUGGUGCCAAUCCCCAGAGAGACUGCCAGAGAAGAGGAGGAGAUUGAAAAAAGAGACACAGUGAAAGAACACUCUCCUGUUUCCACAGUAGCACCUGAUAAUCGGAGCCAUGAUUCACUAUUCUUGCCAUCACAGACACAGGGGACCAUGAGGGGCACAGCACUAGCAGGGGCACACAUGGACACUGAACACACAGACAGCGAGACAGAGAGAAAGCAAGAAACAGAGGGGAGGGCAGAGGACAGUCAGUAUACGUGUGUGCUGGGAAAAGAUGGCUCUACCUGUCUGAGAUGGCCUGUCCGUUUGCUGAAGUUCACCAAAACUCAACCAAACAUCUGCUACAGCUGCAACCCACUCUGCUUGAACCCCCAGCGACCAGAACAACUCACGGAGGAACUGCAGGAGUCCCGGCAAAAUCGCUUGUGUGCUCUCUCAGAUGAAUCAGAUCCACGUGUGCCAGCUAUUCUUACACCAGGCACUCAUCCCUGUUUACACAGACAGACAAGGCAAGAGCUGAGAGCACACAGACGGGAACAAACUGAGGACAUUUUCAAGGCAGAGCAACAUAUCGAUGUGGAGACAGAGGAACACCUGUUCCUAAAGAACAAAAACCUGUCGUCAUCAGAAACGGGACCAGAAAGGGGAAGAUGCAUGAUAAGUUUGGAGAAUUGUGUGAGGGCAGCCUCCCAUCCAUUUGACCCCGCUCACAGUGACAGCUCUGACACAAACUCCCAGAAUCCUCUGGGAGGCAGAUUAGGGGGUGCGAGCAGGAUCAGGGAGAGAGCCAUCACAGCCCUGAGCUGUAAAUCACAGUCUGUCAUCCAGGCUGGCACACAAGGGACAUGCAUCAGCCCGUCCAGGUGUGAGUGUGGGAGUGAGACAAUGUGCAAGUGUGCCAGCGCUCCACAGCCGUACGUGGGUCUCUCAGAAGUGUCACGCGAAAAGAGGAAAGCCAACACAAAGAAACACAAGCUGGGAAAGAGGAAGAGGAGCGAGAAGGAAAAAGCUUCAAACAAGCGCCAAUCAGCAAGGUGCAAAGUGAGGAGUGUUGUCUCCACAGUCUCCACUGGCAGUGAGAGGAGAGAAGAAGCUGGGGGGAGCUGGAAGAAAAAGAGGCAAGGGGAGAUGGGGGAGACGAGGAGGAGGAGGAGGAGGAGGGUGCAGAGAGCAGGGAGCAGCUGUCUCCUGGGGAGAUGUGAGGCUGAGCCAGUAUCUGUCUCUGUCAGGAAGAGGAGGCCUCACAGGAGCCACAGCACUGAAUCCCAGUCACAGCCAGACAGAGAGCAGGCAGAACGCUGCAGUGCCUCCUCCCAGCACACCAGACACACAGCAGACAGAGACACCAAGGGGGAGGGAAAGCGAGACGAAGAUGCAGUGACUUUUCCCUGGCGGUCUCACUUGUCUUUACACUCCCUCUCACCAGGAUGUAACUCAAAGCUGUUUUGGGAAAGGGGUCACCAUAGCAACCCCAGGAGUUUCAUUGACUGCUGUUACCCUGACAACAGCUGUGCUUGCAGCCCGGCGAGAAAGAGAAAACUCCUCCACAGGGACAGGAAAUUCAUUCAUCGUAAGAGGAAGAGUUUGAGGCGUCGCAAAGUCUCGGAGGAGACAGAGAGGGGCAGGAAAAUGGGAGGGCAUUCAGGUUGGAGAGACAGGGGCUUGGUUUCAGAUACAGAACAGUGGGACUGGAUGAGAGGGAGCUGUCCUGGAGGUAGCGAGGAGAGCAGGGCAAGGGCCGGGUGGAGAUCGAGAAACAGAGCAGUGGAGUGGGAACGGUUGGCAAGGUUUAGCCCCAGUCCUGGCAGCUGGGGCUGGAGAAGCAGGCAUCUUAGCACAGAAGAUGUAGACUGGGACAGAUGCAGCAUGGACAGAUGGACAUGGGGCAGCAGCGACAGCUGGGAAGACAGGGGGACACACAGAUCCACGUCAGGCUCCAGGACAGGGGCAGACAGCAGAGACAGCCCAGGCUGUGUGUGGAAAUGUGCGGGCACCAGACACUCGAGCUCAAGACACCUCUCCAGCCCUGAGUGGUGGACAAGUAGGCAGACGUAUAGCCCCCAGAGUGUGAUCAACACACGGGCCAGCAGGUGCCACAGCCCUCGCUCCUGCAGCCCCUGCAGCAGCACCAGCAUGUCUGAGCUAAGCUGGGAGUGGAGCAGGAGCAGCACCUGCUCGGGAGUCACGGUGAAUGGAUUGACAGUUAGCUCCUGCAGGACAUUCUCAGGAGCUCCAGGCGUCUCAUCUGAGGCCCCUCAGGAGGCAAAAAAGCAAGGCAGUCCCACGUCCACACCAUCCAGCCUCACCUCUGUCUCCUCCUGUCAUUCUGGUUCACCCCCUUUUGCUCCCACAGUCUCGGGCGUGAACACACACCAUCGUGACAAAAGUCCUUCUCAGCUAAAGGAACAGUCUGACCUUGGCCAUGGGCCCUCUGGUCCUGUCGCAACAAGCAGGUCAGACGCAACUCCAGGACUAUCCCCCAGUAAACCUGGACCACAGAAACCAGCCAGGAUGUUGCUUCUCCCUCUUAUAGGUAAACUACCUGCAAUCCAGAGAAAGGCAAGGAGGGAAAAAGGGCUGCUGGAGAAAAGUCAGGAGAAGGAGGGAGAGGAUGAAGAGGAAACUAAAGGAAGUGGAGGGGAUCCUGGAACAGUCAUCAACACUCAAAAAUGUCCUCUGGCUGAGUCAAGCCCCAGCAGCACGCCAAAUCCCUGCCCAUCACAGAUUAGGACUGAUGACAAACAGGCAGGUGGAGAGACAGUUCCGCCAAUCAGCUUUACCGCUGAGGAGAUGGACAAAUAUCGCCUCCUGCAAGAGCAGGCAAGAGAGCACAUGCAGAAAGUCCUGGAAAAGACGCAAGAGAGUGCAGAUACACACAAAGAGACGAACUACACUCACACAGCACAGGCAGACAACUGUGGGACUUCAGAGGAACAAUUCACACCUGCACCCAUGCACAACCCUUUACAGCCUCAAACCCAGUCAAUUCACACAGACACGAUGCAAACACAAGCACAGCGCACGCUCCAGGUCAGUCUCCCACUUCCACAUGUGACCCCUCAAGAGAACUUUACUCAACCCAUGUCUCUAAGAGUCGCCAACCUCCCCCCUCUGCCCCCUUCCCCCCCUCUCUCCAGCCUCCAUCAUAUCAUUUUACAACACACAGCCCUCUCUGUGCCCGCUUCCUCCACAUCCUCUCCCUCCUCCUCACCCUCUCCUGCCAUCCACCCACACCCAGCUCAGAUCCCUCACCCUCUGCCCCCUCUUCAUCCGUCCCUCCCUCAUCACCUUCACCUGUCUCCCUUCUCCAUAUCCUCCCUGUUUCCCUCCAUCCUGCUGUCUCAUCAUCCUAUCCCUCUCCUCCCCCAGUCCCCGGCUUUUCACGCGACCCCACUCGCUCCGCUCUCCCCAGUAGCUCUGCAACCCUUGAACCCACAGCCUUUCAUGGACAGAGCGUGGCCAGUGAGGUUUCAACAGAAGGCGUUGUGA